AUGGCCAUGGGCUCAGAGAUCCCGUGGGGUGGGGAAGGGGGUGGGGCUUCUACGGAAACAAAGUGCAGGCGGGCUGGCUGCUCCCUGUGCUGGGAACCCCCGCCCCCAGGCCUAACCCCAAUCUGCUGUCUCCUCCAGGUAUCCCCCAAGCCUGCACUCUGGGCGCUUCUGUUGGCGCUGCUGGGGACCGCGCCAAGCCGCGCCCAUUCCCCGGCCUGCAGCGUCCCCGACGUGCUUCGCCACUAUCGCGCCAUCAUCUUCGAGGAUCUGCAGGCUGCCGUGAAGUGGGGCGGGGCGGGGGCCGAAGAGACCAGGCCAGGCUCCAGACACUUUCAUUUCAUACAGAAAAACCUGACUAGACCCGGGAGCUCGGGACGGCGGGGACGGCCUCGGGCCUCCUGUGGCGCCCAGAAGGAGCACAGUAUCCUCCUGUCCAUCUCAUCCCUGGGUCGGACCCUGCGCGGGGCGGUGGCCGGGAGCCGCCGCGGUGCCCUGGAGAGAGCUGCAUGGACCGUGGCUGUGCGCACCGAGGCGGUGAUGCGGCGCCACUGCAGGACGCUACCCCAGCGGAGCCGGCGGCCCGAGGUGCGCCCUGCCCGGCAUCGCGGCGGCCGAAGGCAGCUCCUGCUGCGCGCCCUGGACGCCGUCGCCACCUGCUGGGAGAAGCUCUUCGCGCUGCACGCCCCGGCCUCCGGGGGCUCCUAGCGCGGCCCGGCCUGGCUGUGCCUCCAGCGCCCUGCGCGGGGAGGAGAACCAGCGGGGCCGCGGCAGAGCCUGGAGAGGCGCCUUGUUUUGUCGACUUGUUGGUGACCUCGGCCCCUCUCUCGACGCAGCCCGCGCUCCCUGGAGGGCCCAGGACUUGGAGAAGGGAGCGCGCCCGGCCGCCGCUGGGUCUCGGAGGAGGCCCGCCCUCCACGCGCCGAAGGCGUCAAUAAACGGAGCUGGCGCUGCGGGUCCGGCA